AUGGCUCUUUACGAUGAAAAUUGGAGAAUCAGACAUGCGGCGGUCACGCUUAUUGGAGAUUUCUUAUUCAAUAUAUCGGGAGUUUCUGGUAAAAGUACCACGUCCACAGCAAAUGAGGACGACACUAUGGGCAUGGAACAAGCUGGAAAGAGCAUCGUACGUGCUCUGGGUCAACAGUGUCGCGACCAUGUUUUGGCAGGGCUCUACUUGGCGAGAUCCGAUGUGGCACUUGUUGUGCGGCAAGCCGCUGGUCAUGUUUGGAAGAUCGUUGUUGCUAACACACCAAGAACUCUCAAAGAAAUCAUGAAAGUGUUGUUUGAGAUGGUAGUAGAUUCCGUUGCAUCAUCUUGUGAGGAAAGACAACAGAUGGGUGCUAGAUGUCUAGGUGAAUUAGUGAGGAAGAUGGGUGACAAGAUCAUCAACGAGGUUCUGCCAGUGCUAGAGAUGAACCAGAAAUCUGAAGAUCUCGAGAAACGAGUAGGAGUAGCGGUUGCGCUGCAUGAAAUUAUGGAUAAUACUACAAAGGAUGUUCUCAGUCAUUAUUUGGAGAGUUUGGUGACGCCAGUUCGCAAUGCCAUCUGCGAUCCUUCUCCGGUGGUACGAUCAGCGGCUGCCGACACUUUCUCGGUGUUGUACCAGAUGGUUGGCCAUGAAGCGCUGGAUGAAAUCAUCACACCUUUGCUUGAGAAGCUUACACCUGAAAAAGAAGAUGUCUUGGCUGGCUUGUGUGAGAUUAUGAAGCAGAACAGUAGGCAGAUGUUACCUUACUUAUUGCCACGCCUUACCCGUCCACCAAUCAAUGUUCAUGCACUCUGCAGUCUGGCCUCCGUAGCAGGUGGUUCUCUGUCGCGACAGUUGUCACGCGUCUUGGAUGCGCUGCUCUCAGCUUGCGAAACAAAUGACCAGUACGAUCCGAUGAUUGACAGCUGCGAAAAAGUUGUCAUAGCGGUGACUGACGAUGAAGGAGUACCGGUGCUUGUAGAUUACCUUCUCAAGCAAGCUGCUAAAGGAAAUGUACCUGCCAUAGUAUUGCUGCACACUUUUGUUUCCAAGAGUGGAGUGAAUCUCAAUUAUCUUGUGGGUGAUCUGCUUCCUGGAUUGUUAAACUUGUACACUUCAACAAAUGCACAAAUCAUCGACCACGCUGUGAACUCUGCCAUAGGUGUUGCUCAGGCGUUGGAUCAGAAGGAAAUGCAGGAGACUAUACCUAUAGUGAAGAAAGCUUUGAACUACAUGGUAGCACAAGCAAGAGGUCGCGAUAUUCCAGGAUUUGCUCACCCAAAGGCUCUGCAACCUCUGCUUCCUAUGCUGAGAGAGUCUAUCCUGCAAGGUAAUUAA